AUGAAGAAGAUGUUAAACGGAUUGUUUGGGAGGGGAAAGGGUACUGGCACGAAAUCGUCGCAAAUAUCGAAGCCAAAGGCAGCCAGCUCCGAGGAGAGUCCGGCCUCGGACGCGCAAUCGAAGAUCGAAAAGGCGAAGAACGGCCGAAAAUGCAUCGACAAGGACAACUUGGAGAACGAGGGGAUGAAUUUAGCGCCGCCAGUCAGACGAAAAUCCUUGAGUUUAAAGGGAGGUGAAGCGACGAGCGACCCCAGCACUCCGACAGGAGACCCAAUCAGCGACAUUGAGCGAAAGAAGCUGCGUUUCAGGCAGCAGAUGUCCUUCUCAUCCUACGACUUGACUGCAGAGGAGAAGCCCAGAGCUAAGGGAUCAGCGUUUUCUUCUAGCAUGAAUCACCCUCGGCGCAAGAGUCUUCCGAUGUAUAUCAACCCCAAGAACAGCGCAAGCACAGGAUGUUUAGACCUGCUAUCGUCGGGUUCACUUGAUACAUCAGAUGAAAGUUGCAGGAUUCACCGACCUGAGGACGUAGAUGACGUCAUGCUGGCAAAACUUGUGCAGGAAGAAACCAGGGCUAUGGCAAUAGUGAAUGGUGAGUUCAGAUUUAAGCCCGAUUUCUAG